AUGCUUCUAGAAGGACAUCGUGACGAACAGAGCAAGUACCAAGCUCAACAAAUCGAAUCUAAGGAACAAACUGACGGUGAGGCUAAUACAUUAGAACAAAAACCUAGUAACGGUAGUAUUUCGAACAGUAGUAGUGAGACAUACAUCAUGCGUAUAUAUUAAUGUGAGAAUUUAUUUUCCUUUAGGUUGCGUGAACGUUCACACUCGGGACAGAAAAACAAAAACUAGAAAUAAAAUCGUUCCACUCAUUGUAAGUUUUUGUUAAUCUUUUAAUUGCACAAACUUUAAUCUACCAACAUACAAACUUUAUUUAGACACGCUAGCCCCAACAACCGUAAAGACAGUACAUAAUUAACCGUCUUUUUUGACAGACUAAGUUGCGUUGGCCAGGAAGAAAUAUAGUCGUAAGGUAAUUUUGCCUCUUUGGUUUUUGAUUUUAUACAUCCCGUACCAUUAACACAAUACCUUGCGAUUGAGUUGGACCAGUUGGUGAUCUAAAAGUUGGAAUGAUGAGUUUGCUUUUUUUUUAAUUAUCAGACUGACUUUCUGACCAAAAAGAGGAAGGAAACCAGGAUCAAAGGUACAGUUAAAAUAAAAGAAUAAUUUCUGUAUUUAUUAGCUCGAUACUAUGCAACCAUUUUUUGAGGGGGUUAACUGGAGCACCUCGGUAAACUAUUAUAAAUUAUUAAUCAAAAGCAACACAAUCGCAUGAAAGACCACGAUCGCACGCAGCUGUCUUGUGAUGCCCAUUUCUGGUUAUUUUAGGAUGUGCUCACACGCGGAAAGACUUGACAUGAUAUUCAUAAAUGUCAAUUUUAACAGCAUUAGAUGCCGUCAAACAAAUAAAGAUCUGGACGUCACUCAUGGUUUCAGCCACAACAUAAGAAUAAAGAAUUGGUUUUCUGGUGGAAAUGCAAAUUAUCAUCCUCAUCUUUCUUUUCGUUCGAGAGAAGGAGUGAUCUUUCUCCCAAUGAAACUUUCUGAAACUUUCUUUAGGAUGUGCUCACACGCGAAAAGACUUGACAUGAUAUUCAUAAAUGUCAAUUUUAACAGCAUUAGAUGCCGUCAAACAAAUAAAGAUCUGGACGUCACUCAUGGUUUCAGCCACAACAUAAGAAUAAAGAAUUGGUUUUCUGGUGGAAAUGCAAAUUAUCAUCCUCAUCUUUCUUUUCGUUCGAGAGAAGGAGUGAUCUUUCUCCCAAUGAAACUUUCUGAAACUUUCUUUAGGAUGUGCUCACACGCGAAAAGACUUGACAUGAUAUUCAUAAAUGUCAAUUUUAACAGCAUUAGAUGCCGUCAAACAAAUAAAGAUCUGGACGUCACUCAUGGUUUCAGCCACAACAUAAGAAUAACGAAUUGGUUUUCUGGUGGAAAUGCAAAUUAUCAUCGUCAUCUUUCUUUUCUUUCCAGAGAAGGAGUGAUCUUUCUCCCAAUGAAACUUUCUGAAUCAUCUGUGAACUGUGUUGCCGUGGCUUUAUAUUUGAGGUCGGAAAAUUGGCCACAGAACGUUUUGCUUUCCAGAUUAUUGCUCAGUUCGGUGAAACAGGUUUCUGGGUCCAACUACACAGACAACAAUUUUGGAAAUGAUAAAAAACAAUGUUUUAGAUGGAGGUGGAGCAGAAGAUUACCUUUUUGGAGGGGAUGA